AUGGCCACUCGACCUGGAUAUAUACUGACACCAUGCUUUGACGUACAGUACCGUAUUGGUAAAAAGAUUGGCUCCGGAUCGUUUGGUGAUAUUUACCUAGGCGUGAAUAUCAUCAGUGGCGAAGAAGUCGCUAUCAAACUCGAGUCUGUCAAGGCGAAACACCCACAACUUGAGUAUGAGGCCAAAGUAUAUAAGACGCUUGCCGGUGGUGUAGGCGUUCCUUUUGUGAGGUGGUACGGCCAAGAAUGUGAUUAUAACGCGAUGGUCAUUGACCUACUUGGACCGUCCCUGGAGGAUUUGUUCAACUUUUGUAACCGUCGCUUUUCGCUCAAGACUGUGUUGCUCCUGGCUGACCAGAUGAUCUCGCGUGUGGAAUACAUUCAUUCGCGGAACUUUAUUCACCGCGACAUCAAGCCCGACAACUUUUUGAUGGGGAUCGGCAAGCGCGGCAACCAGGUGAAUGUGAUUGAUUUUGGUCUCGCGAAAAAGUAUCGCGAUCCCAAGACACACUUGCAUAUUCCCUACAGGGAGAACAAAAAUCUCACCGGGACGGCUCGGUACACGUCUAUCAACACUCAUCUGGGCGUGGAGCAAUCUCGCCGCGAUGAUCUCGAGUCGCUUGGGUACGUGCUCAUGUACUUUUUGCGGGGCUCGCUGCCUUGGCAGGGUCUUAAAGCGGCGACGAAAAAGCAAAAAUACGAGCGCAUUAUGGAGAAGAAGAUGAUGACCCCUACCGAGACGCUCUGCCGUGGCUUCCCCACGGAGAUGGCCAUAUACCUCAACUGCUGUCGCUCGCUCCGGUUCGAUGACCGCCCGGACUACAGCUAUCUUCGCAAGCUUUUCCGUGAUUUGUUUGUGCGUGAGGGAUACCAGUAUGACUAUGUCUACGACUGGAGCAUCCAGCCGAGGGAACGUGCUGAGCGCCCAUUGCCCCCUGCCGAUGGCCAGGCAGAUGUACAAGGUCAAGGUGCCACACAGUCAAGCCAGCUGCCGCGGCGCAAAGUUUUGCCUGCGGAAUAUGCUACAGGGUCGGGACAGGCCGUCGCGGGUGACUAUCCGCGCGACCGUAUGACACUCCCAGACACUUCGAUGCCCGCCACUGUCCCGGUUGUACCGCAAGCCGGCGUGUCGCAUGCUUAUAUGGCACAACCACGUGCUGACGAAGCCGACUGGCACUAG